AUUUUUUAUUUUUAAAUCUUUGAAUAUUCUAUUUGGGAUAUCUUAUAAAUGCACAUAAAAAUAAGCUAGAAAUUUUUUGUUAUACAUAAAGAUAGAGAAAAUGGGAGAAUUGAAGCUGAUUGCAACACCCCAAAGCUCUUAUUGUGCCAGAAUUCAAUGGGCACUGAAGCUUAAAGAUGUGGAAUAUGAAUUCAUAGAAGAAGAUUUACUAAACAAAAGCCCUUUGCUUCUCAAAUCUAACCCUGCUUACAAAAAAGUCCCAACAAUUCUUCAUCAGGGCAAACCAUUAGCCGAGUCCCUUAUCAUCCUUGAGUAUAUUGAUCAGGUUUGGAAACACUAUCCCUUGCUUCCUCAUGAUCCAUCCGACAAAGCCAUUGCUCGUUCAUCCGCUAAGUUUGCUGAUGAAAAGGUACAUACAUUUGAAGUAUGGGAAGCUUUCAAAUCAGAAGGAGAGAAAAAGGAGAAGGCAAUCAAAGCUGCUGUGGAAUCAUUGGCAAUUGUUGAUAAGCAGAUUGAAGGAAAGAAGUAUUUUGGUGGAGAAAGAAUAGGGUAUUUGGAUUUAGUAUAUGGUUGGUUAGCUCACUGGCUUAAUGUUAUGGAAGAAGUAGGAGGCAUGAAGUUGCUUGGUAAGGAGAGCUUCCCAUCACUCCAUCAAUGGUGUCUGAAUUUCAUCAAUAAUCCAAUCAUCAGAAAAUCCAUUCCAUCCGGAGAAAACCUUGUCAAAUACUUAAAAGGAAGCCUCCGCUACCACCGUGCCCUAGCUGCAGCAAACAAAAUCAAACAAUGAAUUCAUAAAUGCCCUUUUUAUUUUUUUGCCUAAUUUUUCAAUAAAUUGAGGAGGAAGAUUUUAGCACCAGGCUGAUUUGCAGGUUAUUACUAGUGGUCAUUGUUAUCUAGGCUUCCCAUAGAAAUCAAAAGGAAUAGAUAAAAAGGGAAUUGGUAGUAAUUUGACUAUUAAUUCUCUGAUAUUCUGUUUCUUUCAUCACCAAUUCACCAUGCAUUUAGCAAAUAAGGGUAUCAUUUAUCCAAACAUUACCUAUAAAUCCUAUUCGGUUUGUAGUGUAUACCUGUUCUUUGUGAUGUUAAUUUGUACCAAAUAAGUUCAUUAUUUAGUUU